CUUUGUUCUCUUACUUAUUCUGUAUUCAUCAUGGCUGCUCUUUUACCCAUCACCAUUGGUGUCAACUAUGAAGAAGACAAGAAUGCCUUGACCACUUUCUUUACAAACUUCAAGUCUACUACGUCAAGUCUUGAUGAUAUGGAAAUAGAUGUUGAAAGGCCCAAGUAUAUGGAUAUUCUGCAAAAAGUUUUGGACAGGGAGGAAACUGUGAUUACAGUAGAAUUAGAUGAUCUUGCUCAGUUUGAAGAUUCUCGAUAUCGUACUGUGCAACAUAUCAAAAAGAACACGAAACACUAUAUUCAACUACUUUGUGAAGUUAUUGACGAACUCUUCAAAACAAUGACACCUUCUAAUCCUGAACUUAGCUAUAAGGACAGUGUUUUAGAUGUUAUUAUCAGUCAACGUCGUAUUCGUGAUGAAAACCGUGCUGGUGAUGAUGCUGAAGAACUCUUCCCUCCCUCUUUGACUCGACGAUAUGAAGUUUUCAUCAAACCUAUGUCAUCAGAUAAAGCCUUGGCAGUACGUCAUAUCAAUGGUGGUCAAUUGGGUCAUUUGGUGGUUUUACGUGGUAUUGUUACUCGUGUGACUGAUGUCAAACCAUUUUUACAAGUCAAUACUUACAGUUGUGAUGCUUGUGGUCAUGAAAUCUUUCAAGAAAUCAAAUCUCGUCAAUUUACGCCUUUAACUGAAUGUCCCUCUGAAGAAUGUGCAAGCAACAAUAUCCGUGGCAAACUUUACAUGCAAACACGUGCAUCCAAGUUUUUGGCAUUCCAAGAAGUCAAAGUUCAAGAAUUGACGGAUCAAGUCCCUGUAGGUCAUAUUCCUCGUACCAUGACUGUACAUAUGUAUGGUGCAAUGUGUCGUCAAUUGACUCCUGGUGAUGUUUGUAAUGUGUCUGGUAUCUUCUUACCCAUGCCAUAUACCGGUUUCCGUGCUUUGAAAGCAGGUUUAUUAACUGAUACUUAUUUGGAAGCUCAACAUGUCUAUCGUCUCAAGAAACAAUACGAUCAAAUUGAACUUUCAGAAGAAGAUUCUCAAAAGGUGGAACAAUUACAACAAGAUCCUAAUAUCUACUCUAAUUUGGCUCGUAGUAUUGCUCCUGAAAUCUAUGGUCAUGAUGAUGUCAAAAAAGUCCUUUUGUUGCUUCUUGUUGGUGGUGUAUCCAAAACAGUGGGUGAUGGUAUGAAGAUUCGUGGGGAUAUCAAUGUUUGUUUGAUGGGUGAUCCUGGUGUGGCUAAAUCUCAAUUACUCAAGUUUGUUGGCAAAGUAGCUCCUCGUGGUGUUUAUACUACUGGUCGUGGUAGUUCAGGCGUGGGUCUUACUGCUGCUGUGAUGCGUGAUCCAGUGACUGAUGAAAUGAUGCUUGAGGGUGGUGCACUUGUACUUGCAGACAAUGGGAUUUGCUGUAUUGAUGAAUUUGACAAAAUGGACGAAUCGGAUCGAACAGCCAUUCAUGAAGUAAUGGAACAACAAACAAUUAGUAUUUCCAAGGCAGGGAUCAAUACGACUUUAAACGCACGUACAUCUAUUCUAGCUGCCGCCAAUCCUUUGUAUGGUCGUUAUAAUACUCGCAUCUCACCUACACAAAACAUCAACUUACCAGCUGCAUUGUUAUCUCGGUUUGAUAUUCUUUAUUUGAUCUUGGAUAAACCUUCGGAUGAAAUGGAUCGAAUGUUAGCUGAACAUGUUACUUAUGUACAUACACACAACCAACAUCCUACUUUGGACUUUGAUGUUUUGGAACCUGAAGUCAUUCGACAUUAUGUUGCUCAAGCUCGUGCCAAACGACCGGUACUAAGUGCUGAAGUAUCUGGUUAUGUGACCAGUGCAUAUGUAAGACUUCGACGACAAUAUAAGGAACAAGAAGAAAGAGAACAACAAUACUCCUAUGCAUCUGCACGUACAUUAUUGGGAAUUAUUCGUCUAGCUCAAGCAGUGGCACGUAUUCGAAUGUCUGAUGUGGUCAAGACUUCUGAUGUGGAUGAAGCUUUACGACUAAUUGAUGUUUCCAAAGCAUCCUUGAUGGAUGACAGUGGUCGAAACCAACGUGGACGUGACUAUACAUUUUUGACAAUGAUUUACAACACGGUGAACGAAUUACGAAUGGCUCAUGGUGAUACUUUGGAUAUGAAUACAAUCAAGGAUAGUAUCAUUGCCAGAGGUUUUAGCGAAUAUCAAUUAAAUGAAACUCUUCGGAUUUACUGUGAUCUCAACGUAUGGCAAAAGAUUGAUAAUGAAACAAGAUUACUGAUCGUUAGAGAAUAAUGACCUUCCCCCCUUCACUUUAUUAGUAUUCAUUUAUACUUGAUAUGUUAUCCUUUUUUUUUUCUUACCCCUCUUUCCUUUUUUAUAUAAUUUUAUCAUUCAUCAUUUUAUUUUUCAUCAUAUAUUCAUUCAAUAUAAUUUUUUUUCCGUUUCCUUUUAUUAUUAUUUUGUCUUGUCUUUUUUUUUCAAAAAAAAAUUCUUUCUUUAC